UUUUCUUAAUUUGAACGAUUAAUAUCUCGGUUCGUUUGACAACAACGCUUUUCUCAAAUUUAUUCGUUCGUUUAAUUUCGAUUUUUGAGUUACUAGCCAUACGUUACGUAUCCAACAUGGAUAACUCGGAAAUCGAUGGUUUAAACAAAGAAAUUCAACUCGAUAAAAUCCAUGUUGAAGAGAAUCCGCGAGAUUCACGGGAUGAAGUCAACACCUCGCAUGGUGAUGAAGAGCAGCGAGAAAAAUUGAUACGACUACCCCUGGGAAGAAUAAAAACCAUUAUCAAAAUGGAUCCUGAAGUUUGUUUAGUUAAUCAAGAGGCUACGUUUUUGGUGGCGAAGUCAGUGGAAUUUUUUAUUGAAUCUCUUGCAAAGGAAGCUUAUAGAUAUACUGCACAAGCGAAGAAAAAGACUGUUCAAAAACGUGAUAUAGAAAAUGCCAUCGAUAAUGUGGAUGCACUUGUAUUUUUGGAAGGUAUGCUCGAUUAGUAUCUGUUAUUAUAGAACUAAAAAAAUUAAUAUUUUUUAAUUUUUUUUUACGAUCGUAAAGGUAAUAGUGAUAUU